GUAACAUAAGAUCAUGCUGAUCAAAUGUAUAUUUACAUUUAUCUUUACAAUAGGAUCAUGAGUGUCUUCAUUGCAGUGCCAUUGGUUAACAGUCAUGUUAUGUCUUUGCUUUCAGUAUGGAGGAUUCUGACUACUUUGCACAGUUCCCAGAGAAGGGUGAAGGUAAAGCAGGACUGCUGCAUAUGAGUAUCACACAGAGUUAUUACAAAGUUGUAAAAGGAUGAAACAAAAGAGAGAGAGUAAGGAGACAUUUUUCUAUCCUUAUUUUGACUCUCGCUAUAUUCACUGUUUCAAUCAUACUGUUACCUCUCAGGCCAGUCCAAUACAUACAAUGUACGUACAGAGUUUUACAUGAAAGUGUACAUUUAGAAUAAUGGGUAGUGUGAUUAACUGUUGACCUUUGUUUUUGAAGAUGAACCGGUGACUAAGCCAGUGCCAGACAUGUUGAUGCCCAGUCCUCAGUGUCCAGUCAUUCUUCAACCAGAGCUUGACUUAGAGACUGCCGAUGACAUACCCAGUUCUCCUCUCCCAGCCAACCUAGACCUUCCAUUAGCAGAUGGAACACUGUCCAGUGCCACUGUAUCCCUGGGUAAACAAUCACCUCAUGUGUUUUCCACAUCCACAACACAAGCCAAUGAAGUACUAUCCAAACCUGUAGCAUCUGAAGCCAACCAACUGACAACUGAAUCAGAGCCUUCACAGGAACUGGACUGUGAAUUACUAAAACUGGAUUGUGAAAUACCCAAACUGGACUCUGAAUUAGAAGAACAUGUUCCACCACCACUCCACAUCAGCAUUGCGGAGGAGGAUAGUAGUCCCUCUACACACCUGCACAUUCGAACACCACCUAAUGUCAGCAUUGCUGAAGCAUCAGUUGACAAGAAUGAGGAAAAGGGAGGAGGAACAUCCCAGGAAAAGCCCAAAGAUAGUAGUUCUUCCACACCUCUGAGCUCAUCUCCAACACCUCUCCACAGCAGCAUGGCUGAAGCCUCAGAUGUUGAUGAGGAGGAAAAAGAGGAGGAUGAGGGAGGAGCCUUCACUCUGAAACACACAGAACCACACUCCGAACUUGACCCACCUCACACGGAGAUCCAAGCCAACAUGCCUUCUUCACUGGAAGAUGUUUUAUAUCAGAGUGUGCUUUCUGCAACACCAAAUGUAGUGGUGGGGAAGUUGGUGGAGGAGGAGGAGGAUGUUGAGGAGGUGGAGAACGAGGUGCCGGAGCAGGGGUCAAAGGUGGAGGAGGAUCCAAGGCAGGAAGCAGAGAAAGAUGCAGAGGAGGAAAACGAGAAGUCCUUCAGAAUUCAGGAGCCAAGCACCAGCUCCUCAAGUCACCUAGAACAUCCCUCAGAUUCCACCCACUGUAAGCUCAGCAGAGCUGAGGAGGGUAGCAAAUCCCAGAUAAAGGUUUCCUCUGAGGCCUCCCCAUCUCUCCCUGAAGAGUCUGAUGAUAAGCAGCUGACAUCAAUGGAUGACGGCAUGGCCAGAGAAGAUGGAGUCCUGAUGCUAGAGGCUGUUGGGCCCAAGCUAGAGAGCUUCCAGGCAGGUGGCGAAGUAGGUGUAGUUGUAGAUGUAGUAGCCACCUGUCCGUGGCACCCUCCCAUGGUGACCGUGACACACCUUGGGCCCACAGGAGAGGACAGAAUGACCCUGAGUCUGGCCAGCCACACUGCUGAGCCGCCCAAUGACGCCUCACAGACGUCCCCUCCUGUGUCUCACCAGCGCUUCAAGCGAGGGGUGGCAGCCGGCCUGAGCGAGCUGGCAGCUGUGCUCUCUGAGGACUCAGGCAGCUCUAAGCAGCAGGAUGACAUCACUGCUAGGGAACACACCUCUCCUGGGUUGGAGAGCCAGACACCUCUGGGAGUUCAGCGCAAAACCGUAUCUUUUGCAGUCACAGAGAACAUCUCAGAGUCAUCCAUGACCAUGACCCAAGGUGGUACUAGCAGUUCAAAUGAGGAAGACGCUACUACGGCUGACGAAGAGGAGGAGACUUUCCAGGUUUCCUCAGAAACAGGUCUACCAAGCAGAUCAUCAGAGGCUCAUAUCACCAAGCCCCUAAGCCCCCAGGCUGAACCGACCCUGGACAGGACACUGAUCCCAUCCAUCGUGUUCCUGAGUGUGGCCAUUGGUCUCGUCGUCGGGCUUCAUGAACCCAGCACCUUCCUCUUCAUGGGACUAUUCCUUGUCUCCCUCUGUUUCUGAGGUGUUUUGAGGGGUUCCUCCUUUUAAAACGUGUGAAGUGACUUAACCCCAUUUUAAGUGCCUUUUCAUGUUACCAAACAAUCUUGUAUUAUGAGCACAAUUGGUUCUUGGUGUUUUAUUUUAAAUGUGUGCCUGUGGAAGUGUGUAUAUUUUUGUUUGUUUUCAUAAGAGAAGGGAUCUUGUUCGUUAAAAGUAGCGAGAAGUUAAUUGGAUUUCCAGUGUUCCAUGCCAAGAGUUAGAUAGUCAAAAAACUGUUUGAGUUUGUUAAAACAUAACCAUGCAAUACUAAGGCCUAAUUAUGUUCUUAAAGGGUUUGCGUAUGAUUUUGUGUAUAAAACAUGGAAAUCCAAAGAAUUGUUGAGAAGUGUGACUGUCGGCUGUUUGGAAUCAGAAUGUAUGUAUGUUCUAGAUUGGGCUGGGAGACUGAAACUGGUGAAGAUUGUAGAUAGUAAGGUAAACACAGGUUCCUUGGGUAAGGACAGUAGCUACAAGAUAAAGUAUGUUCAUAUGACUGCCUAAUGCAAAAUGUUGUCAUUUGUGCUCUGAGAAUUGCCAGUCCUCACAUUUUAGAAUAGUGGUGUGCUGUGGUAAUCCUUUUACAGUGGUCUACUGUUGCUGCUAUCAGAUGGUAGUUCAUGCAAGUUAAAGCCUACACAGUUUCACAAUUUAUCUAGCUACAAAUCUAGAUAGACAGAAAUUAGACUGACUGAGUUGUAACAACUGUUCACUGUGAUGAUACCUGAAAGGAUGUUUGAAGUGAUUUAUGUGUUUGCAGUGUGUAUGUCUGGGUAUGGUGUGUUAUGGUUCCCAUAAAAUCAGAUGA